AUGGAAGGGAGAUGCCUGAUGCUGAUGAGCUUCGGGCAGAUGGCUGAAAGCAUUGGGACCGAAAUGCACUUACCGAAACUGCCAGCCCACCGCAUUCUUAAAAUAUCUGAGUAUGGUAAUGUGAUGCUAUGCCGGUCUGUAAAUAUUAUACUUCGGAUGGAAACGGCCCGUUCUGCUGAACUUUCAAGUCGACUAUUCAAAGCAGCUAUUCUUUCUGGAAAUGGACGCAUUUCAUAG